AUGUAUAACCCGUACCAGGGGUUCCAGCCUCAACAAACGGGGUACGGCUUCCAGCAGCCGCAGCAGCCCCCGACCAAUGGAUUCCAGCAACAGCAGCCAGGGCCGCAACCGGGUUACUACUCGCCCAUGGGCCAACAACCGCCCCAGCAGCAGCAGCCCCAGCAGACGGGAUUCUACUCGCAAAUGCCCCAGCAGCAGCUCUACCCGUCGCAAACGUUCCAGCCGGCUCCGCAGAUGCCGCAGAUGACCCAGCCGCUCCAAUCGCAGCCCACGGGUUACCUUGUCACCCAGCCGACGGGAUUUGCCGGCGCUCCUUCAGUGGUGGAGAACGUCGAUCUUAAGAUCCCGGCGAUGCGGUUAUCGUUCAUCACCGCCGAGGACCAGAAGAAGUUCGAGCACUUGUUUCGUACUGCUGUGCCUAAGGGUGAAUCGACGAUCUCCGGGGAGCUGGCGCUGAACAUUAUGUUGCGCUCCGGUUUGACUCCAGUGACGUUGGCCGACAUCUGGUCGUUGCUGGACUUCAGCAAGCUGGGGUCGCUUCUUUUCCCCGAGUUUGCCCUUGCCCUCCACUUGUGCUCGAUCGCCAAGCGGGGGGAAUCAGUUCCUAGAGUGGUUCCCGAGCGGUGGGCCAACGAAGUGCGGUCGUUCAUCGAUGCCAUCGCGUUGACGGUGCCCGAUGACCCUCUGGUGAAGUUGGCCAACACUCCCUUCGCUCAAUUUGCCCCGCCCAAGCCUGACCCUAACGACUGGAUGAACACCGGUAUGCCUCAGCAACAGUACCAGCCCACCGGGUUCGGCGGCCAACAAGCGUUUGGUGGCGGCAGCAUUGCUCCUCAACGUACUGGAGGCGGCUCGUUGGUGCCGGUGCCCCCUCAACGCACCGGUGGCUUGAUCCCUGUACAAAAGACGGGUCCCCUCGUUGCUCAGGGAACUGGCUACCAGCCUUUACAAUCUCAAGGAACGGGGUUCAACGGGUUCCAACCUCAAGGGACCGGGUUCCAGCCGCAAUUACAGGCUCAGGGUACCGGAUUUCAAGCCCAGGGUACUGGUUACCAGCCCCAGCUCCAGGCGCAAGGUACCGGGUUCAAUAAGCCUCUCCAAGCUCAAGGCACCGGCUACCAACCGCUGGCUCCUCUCCAAGCCCAGGGAACUGGUUACCAACCGUUGCAGGCCCAGGGAACUGGUUACCAACCGUUGCAAGCUCAGGGCACUGGUUACCAACCUCUUCAAGCUCAAGGCACCGGCUAUCUCCAACCUCAAUCUACGGGUUACCUUCAGGCUAUGCCCACCGGUAAGCCCGGUCAGUGGGGGUUUGUCAACACUCCCACCGGCGGUAUCCCUGGUUUGGGCGCCAUGCAACUGCACUUUUUGCCCAAUGCUCCCACGGGUAACUUGCAACAAGCCAUGGGUACCAACCAGACUCAGCAGCUGAACAUUCCUUGGGCCAUCACCAAGCAAGAGAAACAAAUCUACGACGGUAUCUUCGCUGCUUGGGACAACCGUAAGGGCUACAUCCAAGGCGAAGACGCUCUCAAGAUCUUUGGUAAGCUGGGUCUCGCUCGUCCUGACUUGGAGUCGAUUUGGAACUUGGCCGACACUCUGGACCGCGGCAAGCUCAACAAGGACGAGUUUGCGGUGGCGAUGCAUUUGGUGUACCGUCGUCUCAACGGUCACGAUAUUCCUUUAAGAUUGCCGCCUGAACUCGUGCCGCCUUCGAACAAGAACUUUGAGGACCUGGUAAACCAACUUAAGAACUCGCUCAAGGGAGGUACCAAGCUGAACUCCAGUUCCCCCGCCCCUCGGGGUCUGGGGCUGCGAUACAAAAACAACGAUGACGACUUAGGCUACGUCCUGACCAAUCGUCACCGUAAGCAAGCUCCGGCUACUGGUCCCAAGCCGACGCAAUCGCGCGCCGACAUGCUGGUGGCUGACCUCAAAAAGGCGAUCAGAGAGAAGCAGAUUUUGCUUGAUGCCCUUGAUGUUGAGGAUGCUGACUCGCAAGUGACCAAGGACCGCUAUGCUCUGGCUCACCAGGACGAAAUAGCCGUGCUUAAGAUGAAGAUUAAGGAGGUGCAAGCCCAAUUGGACAAUUACGCGUCGCUGAACCCAGGGAUCGAGCUGAAGCAACAACUUAACCAACGUCUCAACUCGUUGGUGUUGGAGAAGAUGCCUUACCUCGUCAACAGCAUCAACAAGACAACUCGUGAACUUGCUCAAGCCAAGGUGGAAUUGGCCAAGCUCAGAAUUGAGAAGGAAAACCCUGGGUGGAAGCCUGGUGACGACGAGUCGCUGAUUGUCGGCACUGGUCCCAACGGCGAAGUGACGGAGCUGGACCGUCGUAAGUGGAAGCUGAGACAAUUACUCCGUCAACGGAUGGCGGCAUUCACCGGUGGUAGUGCCCAGGACGAUGGUAACAGUGAUGCCGACAACAAGUUCAAGUCCGAAGUUGACAACAUUAACCGCGAUCAAACCCAACAUCAACAACAAAUCAGCGAUAUCGAGUCGCUGAUCAAGGAGUUGGAAGACGGGUGCCUGGCAUCGUUGAAGUUGACCACUCAAGAGCAACUGGACUACCAAAGAUUCGAGUUGGGCGAUGGCAUCGCUGCCGAUGUCAAGUCGUUCAUUGAGGAAAUCAAGCGCUACCUGGCUAAGCCGGCGCCUUCGUCGCAAUCGCAACCGGCUGCUGUUGAUGCUCUUCAUCAACAUAAUGAUUCACGGCCACUGUUGACGGCGGCAUCGUCGACUUCGUCGGUGCUGUCGGCGACUAAGGAAGCGCCUAAAUAUUCUACCCCUGAAGAGCGUAAGGCCUACAUCAAGGCGCAAGCGAAGAAGAAGGUCCAGGAACGGUUGGCGUCGAUGGGGUUACUGUCGAAGCUGUCGUCGGAACCGGCGCCUGCGACUAAGGAACCGCCCGCUAAGGAGGCCUCGGCCCCUGUUGCUCCCCAGCCUCGGGCUCAUAAGGAACCGGCUAAGGUUCCAGAAAAGCCCAAACCUUCAAUUACUCCCCACCAACUGGCGGCCGCUCCCGCCGCUCCCGCCCAACCGGCCCCGCCUACCACUCAACAGCCUAAGGUGGCCGCUCCUCCUGCGGCGGCUAAGCCUACUGAAGAUGAAUCUUCUGACGAUGACGAUGACCCUGAAUACGCUGCUUUGCUUCAAAAGAAGAAGGAAAUGGAAGCUAAGGAGCGUCAACGUGAACAGCGUCGUCGGGAAAAGGAAGAGCGCAAGGCCAAGCUCAAGCAAGAAAUGGCCGCUUACGAGCUGAAGCAGAAGGAAGAAAGCAGCGACGAUGAGGUGCCGCCACCUCCGCCUACCUAUCUGGCGUCGUCGUCGUCGACUCCAGCUGCUCCUAAGGCUGCUCCGGCGCCUGCUGAAGCUGCCAAGCCUGCUGAGGUUCCCAAGCAAGCUGAAGCUCCUCCUGCGCUGACCACUACCAGUGCUACUCCUGCAGCUCCGGUGAUCCCUCCCCUGUUGGCGGCGGUGGAAUCUCAACACAAGAGUACCAACCCGUUUGCCAAGAUGAGUGCCAACAAUGCCGCGCCCCUGUCGCAGCAGUUCUUUAAACUGGAAUCGAAAACGCCGUCGUUUGACCAACAAAAAGCCGACCAGCAACGGCAAAUGCAACGUGGUCUCUCCAACAACGACGACUGGAGUGACGAAGAAAACGACGACAGUGACGACGACAUCCCCAACCGCCAAGGGGCGUCACAAUUGGCGCUGUUGUUGUUCGGUGGCAUGUCGAAGCCGCCCCUGCGUUCCGCCACUGGCGACGUUGCCGUGAAGGAGGAGACCGACGACGACAUCUUGAAGCUGUUUGGCAACAACGAGCCGGCUCCUACUGAAGCUCCUCAAGCUGUGCCUACGGCUGUGCCUACGGCUGUGCCUACGGCUGUGCCUACGGCUGUUCCCACGGCUGUUCCCACGGCUGUUCCCACGGCUGUUCCCACGGCACCUCCGGAAGCGCCUCCCAUGGCUCCUCCUGCCCCUGUGGAAGCCCCUCCUGCUCCCGUGGAAGCACCGCAACAAGUGCCUCCUCCCGUACCCCAGGCUCCGGAACAGCCCCCGGCACCUUCGGCGCUGAUCCCCGCUGUUCUUGAGCAACGGUCUGACGAUGAAUGGGGGGCUCGCUCAGAAGACAGCGACGACGAUUUGUACACCACUCCUCCUCAACAAGCCGCUGGGGGAGUACCGCAACCGCCGCAGUUGUUUGACGGUGAUAUUGCGAAGCUGUUAGGCCAGGAGGCGCCCCCGAUCCCUAACGGUGUGCCUCCUCCACCUCUUCCUACCGAGCUGGUACCUCCUCCUCCGCCAGUGUCACAAAUGCCACCUCCUCCCCCUACUGAAGGCGUGCCUCCUCCUCCUCCCUUGCCGACGGCGCUGGUACCGCCUCCUCCGCCUAUGGGAGGUGCUCCUCCACCCCCUCCUCCUCCUCCCUCCUUGGGAAUCCCCCCGCCUCAACCUGAUCUCGGUGGCGCUGGUGCUGGUGGCGCUGGCGCUGGCGGUGCUCCCCAGGACAUCUCGGCGUUAUUGGGGCUGAUCCAGAUGGGGACUACGUUGAAAAAGGUUGACAAAAGCCAGCAGCGAAUCGCCGACGGCGCCACUGUGGGCCGUGUCAUCUAA